CUGUACAGAACCGCAUAUCUUUAUCGUACUGUACGAAAACAAUGAUCGGCUUUCCAUUUAGCUUAUACAGCUAAAUUGAACGUUUUCUGCUAUUGCUACAACCAUUGCGUUACGUAUUAACAUUGAAGUGUUACUCCGAACUCUGUAUUUUGUCUAGUAUUAGCACCGUUGGCAUAAAUAAAAAAAAUGAACGAAGAGGAAGAGACCUUGCACAAAACGAGACAGCGGUUUGAAGAGCUAUGCCGAGCUCUGAAUAUGGACGAGGAGGCAAGCAAUGAUGCGUGGAGGAAUUAUGAAAAUAUUAACAAAAAUUACACUUUAGAGGGCAGUGAACUACAUUGGUUGGCCUGUGCUCUGUAUGUUGCUUGUAGGACAUCAGUUCCAACUGUGGGUAAGGGGACAGCUGAGGGCAACUAUGUGUCUCUGACCAGGAUCCUGCGUUGCUCAGAACAGAGCCUGUUUGAGUUUUUUAGCAAGAUGAAGAAAUGGCAGGACAUGGCUAACCUGCCACAGGAAUUCCGCCAGCGUACAGAGAAACUUGAGAGGAACUUCACUGUGUCAGCAGUCAUCUUCAAGAAGUACGUCCCCAUCUUUCAGGACAUCUUCAGGGCACCUUCGGAGGACCCACCCAGGGUGCACAGGAGCCGCAAACAGCGGCGUCAUCCCUGUACAGUCUCAGAGGUCUUCAACUUCUGCUGGAUCUUAUUUGUCCAUGCCAAAGGGAACUUCCCCAUGAUCAGCGAUGACCUGGUGAACUCCUACCACCUGCUACUGUGUGCCCUUGACUUGGUCUACUGCAACACUCUGUUGUGCUCCAGCCGCAAGGAACUGCUCAACCCUGCCUUCGCAGGCCUGCCUGAAGACUUUGGCAGUAAGGACUUUAAGCCAGGCCCAGGCCCGCUGUGCUUCAUUGAGAAACUGUGUGAGCUGCACGAUGGCCUGGUGCUGGAGGCCAAGGGUGUGAAGGAGCACUUCUGGAAACCGUUCAUCAAGAAGCUCUUUGACAAAAAGAUUCUCAAAGGAAAAGAUGAAAACCUGACCGGCUUCUUAGAUCCAGCAAAUUUUGGCGACAGUUUUACAGCUUUAGGUCGGGUGUACGAGGAACACGUGCUGUCCACAGGCAGUCUGGAUGAAAGGAUUUUUCUGGGGGACGGUGCCAAAGAGGACAUUGGCACCCCGGGACACUGUCAUUGUGCUGGGGGCACAGAAAACACAGAGCGGCCAGCUCACAGCCUCCACAGCACAGCACAGACGGCAUCAGCUCUUAGAGUUGCCACCCCUCUAACUGGCCGUAAGUACAUGCAGGACAACAGCAUGGGCACCCCAGUCUCCAUGGCAAUGCAGAGUGUGGGACGUUUGCACAGUCUGCUGACGGGGCUGAAACACGGACCCAGUGAGAGACUGGCCAGCAUGCUCAGGGCCUGUGCCAGAGACCCCAGUGAGGCCAUCUCAAACAGACUGAAGGACAUGUCCGAGAUCUUCUGCCAACACUAUGAAGGAACUCGGGAGGAGAACAGUGGCUUGGCCAAAGAUAUUGGAGUGAAAUAUUUCCGGCUGGCUGAAGCUCUGUACUACAAGACCUUGGAGGCUGUAAUUGAUCAGGAGAAGAAGAGGCUGGGUGAUAGUGAUCUGUCUGGGAUUUUGGAGCAGGAUGUGUUCCAUCGCUCUUUGCUUGCCUGCUGUUUGGAGAUUGUAAUUUUCUCAUAUCGCCCUCCCGGGGAAUUUCCCAGAGUAAUUGAGAUCUUUGACCUGCCUCCGUUCCACUUUUACAAGGUGAUCGAGGUGAUGGUGAGGGCGGAGGAGGGGCUUUUUCGUGAGGUGGUGAAACAUCUGAAUCGUGUGGAAGAGCAAGUGCUGGAAAGCCUGGCCUGGAAAGGGGGUUCUCCUCUGUGGGACAGUGUCAGAGCUGCCAAGAACCGUGUGCCUGCAUGUCAGGAGGUGAUGCCCCCCCAACAUUUUGAGGGUGCUGAUGGGAACAGCAGUACAGGGAGCACACCGCUUACCCCCAGUCGUCUGAACGAACUUCGUGCAAAUGCUGCCGGAGCAGGGAAAGUGGUUUCUGCUUCUCCCACCACCCUCCACGACCGCUACAGCUCACCCGCUGCUGGUUCAGCAAGGAGACGGCUGUUUGUGGAUGGCGAGACAGCCUCUGACCCCGCCACCCCAGUCAGAGUCUCACAGUCACCCCUCAUUAGCACCAUUGCUGCAGGCCAGACUGUGGUCACCAUGGCAACAGCCACUGUCACUGCCAACAAUGGGCAGACUGUCACCAUACCUGUGCAAGGGAUUGCAAAUGAGAACGGGGGCAUCACUUUCAUCCCAGUGCAAGUGAGUGUAACGGGACAGGGUGGCAGCACCCUGCAGCCCCUCACAGCACAAACCUUAGCUGGGACAUUAACUGCACAACAGCUUGCUGGUGGUACCCCUCAGGUCACAGCUCAGAACAGCUCCUCCAGUGGACAGCAGGUCAAGAGGGUUAUACCCCAGAGCCCAUCCACAAACAAGCCACAGAGGACUGGGUCCCUCUCCCUCUUCUUCCGCAAGGUGUAUCAUCUGGCCAGCGUGCGUUUGCGGGACCUAUGUGCCAAGCUGGACAUCUCCACAGAGCUGCGUCGGAAGAUUUGGACCUGCUUUGAGUAUUCGCUCGUCCAUUGCACCGAGCUCAUGCUGGACCGGCACCUGGACCAGCUCCUCAUGUGUGCCAUCUACGUCAUGGCUAAGGUGACCAAAGAGGACAAGUCCUUCCAGAACAUAAUGAAGUGCUACAGGACUCAGCCCCAGGCCAGCAGCAGUGUGUACAGAAGUGUGCUGAUCUCAGGGAGGAAGAGGCGUCACUCAGGCAGCAGUGAGAGUGGUGCCAGGCAGAGCUCCCCCUGUGAGGCUGGCCGAGAGCGCGCGAGUGAAGACAGCAGUCCAGUCCCCAUGCGUUCCAGCAGUACUUUGCCCAUCCCGCAGCCCAGCAGUGCCCCAGCCACUCCUACACGUCUUGCCGGGACCUCCGCAGAACAGGAAGGGGAGGAGAGAGGAGACCUCAUCCGCUUCUACAACAACAUAUAUAUCAAACAGAUGCGCAACUUCGCACUGCGCUACUCCACCACCUCGCCGUCAGCCUCGGGGGUGGAGGCUCCGCCCCUCUCUCCGUACCCUUCCCUGCGUACAGGAUCUCCACGCAGGGUGCUCCUGUCCCAUAAUCACUCCAUCUACAUCUCUCCACACAAGAAUGGCAGCCCCCUCUCUCCCCGGGACAAGAUCUUUUACUACAUCAGCACCAGCCCCUCCAAACGUCUGCGAGAGAUAAACAGCAUGAUUCGGACAGGGGAGACGCCCACCAAGAAGCGCAGCAUGGUGCUGGAGGAGGGCGGCCAGUCGCCAGCCAAGAGACUCUGCCAGGAGAACCAGACAGCCCUGUUGCGCCGACUGCAGGACGUGGCCAAUGACCGUGGGUCCCACUGAGGCUGGACAUACCUGACCCUAGUCCUCAGCUAAGCUAGUUCUCAGUAUUUUUUCAUGUUUUUCUGUUUUAAUUAUCUCCCCUGGUCUAUCAUUCUGUGCAUUACACACCAUGCCCCAUCAGUGUGCUUUCAGAGAGAAAGAGCUCAAGAAAUGCCCUUUAAGGCUCAGGCUUCUACCAUGCAGUUGUGACACCAAAGGCAUGACGGGAUACCAGCAAUGUGCUGCCAGACUGCUGGCUAGGCAGUGCUGCAAACGUUCCUGGUAGAGUAGAGCCUCCAGCUCUCUAGCAUCACAUACCAGCCAUGUGUCAAGCCUGACAACAUUUUAGGUGACAGCCUUACCCUAAAUGGAAACAGAGCAAGCACAAACACAAAGCAAGUGGUGGUGAAUGUCAUUGUGUAAGGUAACAAGUAAAACACAUCCCUGUAAUUUUGGUGGUUGGCCUAUGCAUACUUCAUUUGUUGUACACCUGAAACAUGGUUGUUAUGAGGCUGUACAUUCUCCUGAAAGCUGUCAUGAAUUUCACCAUCAAGAAGAGAGUGACCAUCAUUAUCAAAGCACAUGAGAGAGAAUACUGUGUUCAUUCUUUAAGCCCCACACAAGGUCUGGCAUUGGUACAUGUUUUUUUUAAUUAUCAAAGCAUUACAUGAUAAACAUGACUUAAAAAAUAAUAAUAUUUUCAGAAGGAACAAUUUUUUUCCAAAGUUAGAAAAAGCUUUUGUGAACAGAUUUUAUAUGGUAGCUUAUCUUUUAAGCUGUGACUUUAUAUCAAACUGUAUCAUAUGCUAUUUUUUGUAACUAUAGGUGUGCUAGAGACCUGUAACCAUUUAUUGUUAACUACCCCAUAAAUGUAGGUAGAUGUUUUUACUUAACAGCAAUACAUCUUCUAUACUUGCCCUGUGUACUCAAAACGCCUAUGAUCACUUUCUCUUUAGAAACUUAGAACUGCUGUUAUCUUCUCAAAGUACUUUGUUACGAUUUGUAAAUCUACUGAGAGUUUAAGUACCUCCUCAUAACUCUGUAGACAUAUGUACAUUCCUGUAAAUAAGAUGAGUUUAUAGUAAUCAGUUCAACUGCAAGUGCCUUUUCUCUCUGCUUUUAUGCUGUUUAAG